UUGGCCGGCCGAGCAGGCCCGAGCGCCCCCGACGCCGCCCGAGCCCCGCCGAGCGCGCGCCGCCUCCGCCAGUGUGUUUUUGCCGUCGGUACACGCAGUCGUCAUCGACACGACAAACGCUUUUUAUUUAUAGUUAAUCGAAUAAAAGUCGGGUUCCGUUUGUGAAUACCUGUGUCAAACCAAGGAAGCGAUAAAUAUGAGUAUUGCUGAUCUCAUCCAGGCUGCUGAAUUCAUCGAAAGGCGAGAUAGAGAGGCCGAGCACGGCUACGCGUCCACGCGGCCCAGCGAGCGCAGCCCGCGCCGGCCCAAGACCAAGAAGUCGCAGGGAAGCAGGACGACUCAUAACGAAUUGGAAAAGAACAGGAGAGCACACCUCAGAAGCUGCCUAGAAAAACUAAAAGACAUGGUGCCCCUCGGCCCCGAGGCCUCCAGACACACAACCCUAGGAUUAUUAACUAAAGCCAAAAGAUUUAUAAAGAGCCUAGAAGAGCGGGAAAAGCGCCACUCCUCCCACAAGGAGCAGCUAUCCCGCGAGCAGAGGUACCUGCGGCGGCGGCUGGCGCAGCUGCGCGCCUCGCCCGCGCCCCCCGCGCGCCCCCCGCUGCCGCACACGCGCGCCGACUCGCUCAGCAGCCUCGAGUCCUCGUCGGGGGUUUCUACCGCUGAUCGUUCGCCCUCCUCCGUGUCUGAAAGCGACGAGGUGGACGUGAUAGGCUACACGUCGAACCAGAGCGACAGCGAGUCGCUGGUGUCGGGGCGCAGCGGCAGCGGCGACAGCGGCCUGGGCGUGCGAGCCGUGCGCCGCCGCCGCGCGCCCACAGACACCACGCUGCUCGUCUAGAAGACUGUGCGUGCACGGCCGGCGCAUGGGGGUGUAGCGCGAAAACUGUAGAACAUUUUGUUGAUAUAUGUACUAAGGCAAAUGUUGUUUCUUGUGACUGGUGAUACCUAACUAUUCUUCGGUGAACGUUCUUAGUAGUGUCGAGAUCGCUGUAGAGGCUGACGGGACCUCGCCGGGAUCCCGCGGGAACUGGGAACUCCGGGAUUAGAGAACUCCGGGAUUCGGGAACUCCGGGAUCCGGGAAACACCGCGGGCCGCCGAAUGCGCUCCGCCACUAAAGUAAUGCCCUUUUGUCAAGUGUCUGGGUGAUGUCGGAAAUUGUAUUGUAAUAUUUUUUGUAUUGGCUAAUUUAUUCGGUAAAAGUACAUUGGUUUUCUUCUGAUGACCUGCAUUUGUUUAAAAUAUUUUUUAUUAUUUUUGUAAUGUUCUGGUAUUUUUUUUAUAAAAUUUGUAAGUACAAUUUCCAACUGAGCCGGGAAACUAUUAUUUUAUUCGAUCACCGCCGACAGACCAACACAUUACACUAAAACUCCAAUUUUACCAUCUCUGAGUACAAAAUUGCCAAAAAAUAUAUUCAAAGAUUAUUUUUCCUUUUUCUUACUUAUUUAUUUAAAAAAAACAACUGACAUGCUAAUAAAUCAAUCUUUUCUACCUGCAUCUUAACUUUCAACUCUUACUUUUUUGUCUUUUCAUUCCCUUCACUAUGUUAUGAACAAAAAAAGCUUGUAAAAAAGAUUAUUUUCUGUAUAACAGAUUCUAUAUUUUUUAUUAUACUUUUACUUUAAGAAAUCUUUAUUAUUCAAUAUUAAUUUAGUGCUAAUAUAUUUUCCUCCAAAGAAGAAUUAACAUAAUAUAUUUCAUGUCAUAUAUUAUGUGAAACGAUCGACAAAAUGGCCCCUACAUUAAUGUUCAUUUAUUUAAUCAUAUUUUUAUUUUAUCCCCUGACUCACUAUAAUGGACUAUAGAAUGUACGGUAAAUGGGAAGCGUUCUAGAAAACUCUAGUAGGUACUUAUUGUUAUCAUUUUUCACAAAAGUUGCUAUUUCUAGCUCAUGUUGUAUAGAUAAAUAUCAAUUUUAUAUCUGUAUAUAUAAUUAUUUUGUUGUAUAAAUUAAUCAAAUAGAGUUAGAUCUGUAAUUUUAUUUGGUGUGUUCUGAAUGCUGUUGCGUCAGAAUCACUUUUUAAUUACUUUUUUUUUAUAUUCGCAAGGGUUUAUAAGAGCGAAACCCACCAAAAAAUUCAUUAAACAUUAAUUUAAGUUUUAUUCUUCAGUCCGUCAAAUUAACUUAUUGUAACUUAUUUUCGGCUAUGAUCCUUAAAAAAAACUGUAAUUUUGAGCUUUUGUUGUAAAUCAAUUAAUUUUACAGCAAACAUUUUAUUCCACAUAACAGGCCGCUUAAUUCCACGGAAUUAUUUUCUUAUACAAAUUAUCAACAUCACCAACUAACUUUUGUAUUCUUAAGUAUUAAUUUGAAUAUUAAUGAUCUCACGUCUUUGUCACACAGCACCAAUGUAGUAAUUUGUCAUUCGUGUAAUUGGUCCUUUUAUAUUCCUCUAUUUAUUCGCAUAUUUUUCUAAAAAAAUAUUAUUUAUUCAUAUAGAAUUUAUCAUAUAGAGUAGUUUUGAACGACCAAUCAGAAUUUAGCGAUUUUGUCUGGACGAAUCAGAGCGAUCAUGCUCGACAUUCAAAACUAGUCUAGAUUUUUAAUAAAUUUGCAAGUCCAAUGACAUGAUUACUCUAUUGGAAAAUUUAUUCAUGUGGACACUCAUUUUACCAAAAAUAUAAUAAAUAUAAUGUACCUAUGGAAAGGAAAGUCGGACAAUAUCGCGACGUGCACAGUCGUCGCGACACCUCUCUAGACAAAUACAACUAGUUGAGUACAGACAGAUAUAUUUUUGUUACAACUACUAUUGUAUCUUUAUUAAAAAUAAAGAAAUUGAAAUUUUGUACAAUUACGCAGUUCAUUUCUAAAGAUACUAGGCUUUUCAUUGGUUGAAGUACUUUCCACCUAUGUUAUUGGAUCAAAUUCGUGUACAGUGCCGCCAACUAAACCGACCCUCUGACGCACAAUCACUUUUUAUAAGUCAGCUGUCAGGAGGUCAGUCAAGUUUGCGUCACUAUAGUUGAGUUGCCAUUAUCAUCUUUAUGUGGUGUCCCAAUUUACUCAUCUUGUUAAGUUCGAAUGCACCUUGUAUCAUCCGCUAUGACAUUUUCCUUUCUGGCCACACUGAAUGUCACAUAAUUUAAAGUUUGCAUUACUGUAUGUUUUAGGUACGGAUGUAAGGAUAGUUUUUAUGUAUCAUUUUUGUAAAUGUAAUAAUUGUUUUAGAAAUGACAGUCUGAUCUCUUAUGGUAAUAAAUGCGUGUGUUAGGUUGUUGUAACCAAGUGUUGUCAGCAGUGGCGCCAUCGGUGUACUAAACGUACAACUGAAGACUGAACUAACUCGCGAACCAGCUUAUUUGUAAAUACUACUUUGUUAAGCAAAAUAGUUAUAAGUUUUCUUUACCUUUUCUCACUCGUGUAAAUAAGUAAGCUGGUUUGUACAAAAUAAAAUCUUUUUGUUAUGUACUCGAUGGUUGCCACCGGUCUGAGUUACAUUCACUUCUGUUUUAGACUGUACAAUGGCUGGAAUUAUUGAAAAAAAACUUCUUAGUUUUAUUGAGUUACGGUCAUACAAUCAUAGAACCACAAACAUAUCUUCAUUAAUUCAGUUCAAACGAUAUUCACAAACGCCUCCCUACAACACAUCAGUUGCUUUAAAUCUGGACAUUUAAAAAAACAGACCUCAUUCCUGCUGUUUCCAAAUUCGAAUAUUUGCUCACAUCUGUCCCCUUCUAUUUGAUAUAAAUGAAUAUUGGAUUCUAUCGUUUAAUAAUUAAUUGUAGUAGGUAUUGAAAAUGUAUAGCGAUUUUAAAGUCAUAAUUAUUUGCGAGAGAGCUAGGCGGCUACCUACGGGACGCUUUAAGAGUACAAAUUCUGUGUAAGCCCCUACUUGAGUGUUAAUGGUAAAUGUUAAUUUUAAACUCGAAACAGGGAGAAUUUUAAUAAAAUUAGUGCGCGUUAAGCGGCGGCGGAGAUCCGGUCAUCUGCCUUUGAUGUUGUCUCUUCCUUAUCAGACUAUCCUAUCGCUACAGUGAGCCUCGGUUGCGACUCUUCGAAUCACACGAUUCAACCUUACUAUGUAUCAUAAUCUAAGACCGCGCCCCAUUCGCAGUCUUCAGGCAGACAUGGCUCCACAAGCGAAGUAGCGCAAUAUGCAGGAAAUUAUUUUACAGAAAAGCAGGCAAGGAAGACUGAGGGUGAGGACGCAAAAACUAGAAAAUUGUCAAUGUUAGUUAGAAUUUACAUUUGUCACUGUAACGAUAGGGUAUUAGAACCAUACGUGGCACUGUAUGCGCGUAACAUUAGAUAAGAAAUGUGUCAUUAGAAAUGAAAUUGUUAUUGCAAUAAACUUUUCUCUGCGCAGCUCUGCAAUGGCAUCACAGAUUUCGGUCCUAAGCUCCUAAAACUGAAAAAAAAACUAGCAAAAUUCUAAAUUCAAACAACGGUUUUCCGAGUUUAGAACCAACCAAAUAUCAACUUUGUCAGAAACAAAAUUUAGUCCGGGCAUUGUAAAAAUUAAAAUGUAAAUAUUGAAGCCAAAAUUUUUAUAUAAAAUUAGAUAUUUCAUAUUUUGGACCAAGUUGAGUGCCGUCUGUGUCGCCAUUUUGGAGUUUCGCCUAUUUUAAUGACGUCACGGUCAAAAACGCGGGAACAGAACACCGAAUUUAAAAGGAAAAUAAAAUCAGCCAGUAUUUUUCGGAACUGCAUUAAAGCAUAGACAACCGUUUACGCGUUUUUAAUCAUGGGUGAAAUGAAAAAGCUGUACAUAACAGCAUGUGACGUCACGCAUCGUGCGUAAGCGUGUCGUUGUCGAGUGUAGUGACGAAUGAUAGAAUACCAAUAACUAAAUGCUUAGUGACCGAAGCAUUGUUCUAUGUAAUAACGAAUUGUGGCACAUAUAAUUUACUAUAUGUAAAAAGUUAUAGAACUAAUUUAAUAAAAUUAUAAAUAAAA